ACCAAAACCGCCGUUAAACCCCGCUGCUUUCUGUUCUUGCUUUCAUAGCUCAACAAUGGCGUCCGGCUCCUCUGAGAAAAAGAAAGCCAAGCGAGGCUUGAAGAAGCGAGCCCGACAGGAGUCGGACCAGAAACUCGAACGGCUGGACUCACUCCCAUGGAGCUCGUCGCUUCCCGAGAGUAAUGGCGGCGGCGACGAUGAUUUCUCACUCUUCAUCGGCUCCAACGAACUUGAAGGAGGGUUUCUUACUCUUGAAGAGAUUGACGAAUCAGAGUAUGGAUUGGAAAUUCCGGAAGUCAAUGUGGAAAAUGAGAGGAAUAAGUUGAAAGGGAAGUCGAAAUCAAAGAAACGGAAGCUAAAUGAAGGAGACCCUGAUGAUAUCUCUGUUGGUGAACAUGAUGGUGAGGCUGAACAAAGCAAAGAUCAGGAUGAGAAGAAAGGAGUGAAAAAGAAAAAGAAAAAGAAGAAUGAAAAGAAAAAGAAAAAAGAUCAGCGGAAGAAUAAUGAGGCAAAUAAAGUAGAGGAAAAUGCAGCGACUGCUGAUGGUGACGGAAACGAUAACGAUAAUGUUGAUGAGGAUUCAGUUGAUGAAGAAGAAUAUUAUGCUUGGAAUGAGCUGAGACUUCAUCCUAUAAUAAUGAAAUCGAUAUAUAGGCUCAAGUUCAAAGAGCCCACACCAAUACAGAGGGCUUGUGUUCCUGCUGCUGCUCAUCAAGGGAAGGAUGUAAUUGGUGCUGCAGAGACAGGAUCCGGAAAAACACUUGCCUUUGGUUUGCCAAUUUUACAGCGGCUUCUGGAAGAACGAGAAAAGGUGGAGAGGCUUCUGGAUGAAAAGGGAGAAGCCAGUGAGAGGAUUGCUCCACAGAGUGUUCUGCGUGCAUUGAUUGUUACCCCCACGAGGGAGCUUGCUCUUCAGGUCAGUGAUCAUCUCAAAGAAGUGGCAUUAGGCACCAAUAUCAGAGUGGUUCCUAUUGUUGGUGGAAUGUCAACAGAGAAGCAGGAAAGGCUUUUGAGAGCUAGGCCUGAAAUUGUUGUUGGGACACCAGGGAGACUAUGGGAACUUAUGUCAGGUGGAGAAAUUCACCUCGUGGAGCUGCAUUCUUUGUCAUUUUUUGUGCUGGAUGAGGCUGACCGCAUGAUUGAAACUGGUCAUUUUCGGGAGUUACAGUCCAUAAUUGACAUGCUUCCCAUGAACAGGGAAUCAACCGAGAGUCAGCCUCAGAAUACACAGAACUGUGUCACUGUUGCUAGCACCCAAAGAAAGAAAAGACAAACCUUUGUGUUCUCGGCAACUCUUGCUCUAUCUGCUGAUUUCCGUAAGAAGUUAAAGCGUGGAUCUGUUAAUGCAAAAAGGGAUGAGCUUAAUUCAAUUGAGACCCUUUCAGAGAGGGCAGGAAUGAGGCCAAAUACUGCUAUAGUAGAUCUUACUAAUCCUUCAAUUUUGGCAAACAAGCUUGUGGAAUCGAUUAUUGAGUGCAGGGAAGAAGAAAAGGAUGCUUAUUUGUAUUAUUUGUUAAGUGUUCAUGGACAAGGUCGCACGAUUGUCUUCUGUACUUCAAUUGCUGCUUUACGUCGCAUUUCUUCAUUAAUGCGUAUCCUCAGCAUAAAUGUAUGGACCCUUCACUCUGAGAUGCAGCAGCGAGCACGUCUGAAGUCAGUCGACCGUUUCCGUGCAAAUGAACAUGGCACGCUUGUUGCUACUGAUGCUGCAGCACGAGGACUUGACAUUCCUGGUGUUCGAACUGUUGUUCAUUACCAGCUUCCCCAUUCAGCUGAAGUAUAUGUUCAUAGAUGUGGAAGAACAGCUAGAGCCUCUACUGAUGGUUGCAGCAUUGCUCUGAUUUCACCCAAUGAUGCGUCAAAAUUUGCAGCUUUGUGCAAAUCAUUUGCAAAGGAAAGUUUCCAGCGAUUUCCUGUUGAAAUCUCAUAUAUGCCAGAGGUUAUGAAGCGAUCAUCUCUUGCACAUCAAAUAGACAAAAUUGUGCGGAAGGAUUCCCAGGAAAAGGCUGAGAAAAGUUGGUUGGAGCGAAAUGCUGAAUCAGUUGAACUGGUUUUGGAGGAUAAUGAUAGUGAGGAGGACAGAGUGAAGAAAUACAGGCAAAACAAAGCCAAAUCAAAUCAGUUGAACAAGUUGCAGCAGGAGCUCAAUACACUACUUUCAAAACCAUUACAACCCAAAACAUUUUCCAAGCGGUUCCUGGCUGGGGCUGGUGUCUCGCCACUUCUUCAACAUCAAUUUGAAGAACUAGCAAGGCAGAAACUUGGUGAUGCUAGUACUUCAGACCAAAAUAAAAGGAAUAAGUUGGUGGUUAUAGGCCAGGACUGCGUGGAGCCACUUCAGGCACUGAGGACAGCAAGUAAGGAGGAAUGCUUGGAUCUUAAAGAGAUUGCAGAAAAGAAAAAGAGUUCAGACAACUUAAGAAGGAAGAGGAAAGAGAUGAAAAAACGUUUGCAUGAACAAAGGCGAAAGCAAAGGAAAAAGCUACAACAGAAGGAAAGUUAAGUACGUUGAAUAGCUUCCAGAGCUCUAAUAGGCAAGCACCAUCAAUCUAUCGCAAAUCGUUGCCACAUCAAACGGUCACGUUGUAGUUUUCUGUCCCAUUUAACUUCUCCAUACAUGAGAUUUUUUACAGAGUUAAUAUCUAUAUACAGCAAUGAGUCCUUGUCUGUAGAUCGCUUUCUUUUCCCUUUUGUUAUAGGGCACAGGUACUAAAUCAUGUCUCAAUCAAUUAAUUUAAUUCUAAACUAGUCGUUGACACGUUAUGGUCAUUGAAUUCUGAUUUGCUGAUGUGCUAGUUAUCGCCAAUUUAUUCCUCAAUUAUGUUAGCAUA